GUCAGAGCUCGGCCGUUUGUCGACGCAAGCUUCACGAUGGUCGUUCAGUAACAUCAGUAACAGUACUCAGCAAUCAUACCGCCAGUGCCUCAGCUGGACCAGGCACCCCCUCAUUCAGAAGAACAGGAAGAUGGUGAUCACCUGUUUUCUGCUUCUCGUUGUUGGACUGGUGUACCAUGUGAUUUUUAUUUACUGUGCUCUGAAAGGGAAGGCUGGCUAUCGGUUUUUCUACCUGCCCUAUUUCGAGAAGUGAUGUGCCUGGCAGUGGUCUGUGCUCUCGGUGGGAAUUUGUCUCACACACACAGCCCCCCGAUCGCAAUUUCACCCGACGUGGAACUGGCAUUUCCCAUCUCUCCGUCUCAUCAUUCCUCUUCUCCAAACAUCUCCAACAUUCCGAUUGAUGAAGGCUUCUCCAUUCCACUGGGAUUGCUCCCAGAAUUUCCCUGUUCAAAAGGACUGCUCCUUGCACUCACUCUCCCUCCCUCUCACACUCUCUCUCACCCCCUUUCCUUCCUCCUUCAAUCUCUCACUGCUUGAUCUUUCUCCAGCCCCGAUCUUGUUUCUCAUCCCUCUUCCCUUUAAUUCCGUUCCACUUCUCUCCCACCUUCUUCACCUCCUCUUUCGCCUGCUCGCUCUCUGUCUGUCUCUCACUAUUUCUCUCUGUCUGCCGCGGUCUAUCUCCCUCUCUACCUCUCCCUCUCUCUUAUCUCGCUCCUGUCUG